AUGAUUGAGGAUCGGUCGCUGGAAAAGCACGAACUCGAGUUUGUCGAGACCAAUCCAGUCGACAUCGACCACCUCGAAGACCAAGCAGCGGCAAACGACAAUGGCCAUGGCCACGGCCUUCCAAGUUAUGAUGCCGCGGAGACACAUAGGGUCCUGCGCAAGAUCGACUGGAGGCUUCUGCCACCGUUGGCAUUGCUCUACCUACUGGCCUUCUUGGACAAAGGCAAUCUGGGCAACGCGAAUGUGGCCGGCAUGUCGAAGGAUCUGAACCUGACCGGGACCCAAUACAACUUGGCGGCGACGAUGUUCUUCAUUCCUUACGCCGUGUUUGAGAUCCCCAGUAAUAUUGUGUUGAAGAUACUCAGACCCUCGCGAUGGAUCACCCUCCUGGUGAUUCUCUGGGGUACGAUCAUUGUCUGCGCGGGGAUCGUCACGAACUACCACGGCUUGCUUAUUGCUCGUAUCUUCCUCGGAGUGGCUGAGGCCGGCUUCUUCCCGGCGGCGACCUUCUUGGUCAGCGAAUGGUACUGUCGAUUCGAGGUUCAGACCCGGAUGUCGGUCUUCUUUUCCGCCGCCUCUAUGGCGGGUGCUUUCUCGGGUCUGCUUGCCUACGGCAUCCAGCAGAUGGACGGCAUCGCGAACCUCGCAGGAUGGCGAUGGAUAUUCAUCAUCGAAGGAAUUGUGACCGUGCUAACCGGCCUGGCGAUUCCUUUCGUUCUCCCCGAUUCACCCGAGGGCGCCAGCUGGUUGACGCCCGAAGAGAAGCGAUUUAUUCGAUAUCGUCUGGAACGAGACUCUGGCACCGCCGAGGGCCGAGUCGAGACCCUUGACCAUUUCCAGACCAAGUAUCUUGUCGCCGCAAUUAUGGACUGGAAGCUUUGGUUCACCGUCUUUAUAUAUUGGGGCAACACCAUUCCGGUCUACGCCUUCAGCAUCACUGCGCCGACCAUCAUAAAAGACCUAGGAUAUACUUCAGCUCAGGCUCAGCUGCUUACCAUCCCGGUGUACUUUGCCGGGUUAGUUUCCACCAUCGGGUUUUCUUGGGCCGCCGACAAGCGUCGCUCCCGGUGGCCUUUCAUCGUUAUCCCGUAUGGCAUCUCCCUCAUCGGCUUCCUGGGCCUGUUGGCCAUUCCACACCCCAAGUUGCCCGGUUUGACUUACGCCUUUCUCUUCCCCAUCACGAUUGGCGUCUAUCCUGCAGUCAUCACGCUGGUCUCAUGGGUGGCCAACAACAUCGCACCCACUUCGAAGCGCGCCAUUGGUCUUGCCAUGAGUAUUAUGAUGGGCAAUUUUGGCGGUGCCAUCGGCUCCAAUAUCUAUCUCAGGCAGGAAGCACCUCGAUACUGGACCGGCUACGGAGUAUCAAUUGCUUGUUCUGCUCUGGCAAUUGCGUCCACCUUCAUUCUCAAGUGGGCGUAUCAGCGAGAAAAUCGGAAGAGAGAUCAGCUAUCCGAGGAGGAGGUCAGAGCAAAGUAUACCGAAGCGGAGCUGUUGGACAUGGGUGACAAGUCGCCGCUAUACAGAUACGUGUACUGA